AUGACCUUCUUCCAUAAUGAUUCUCUUCCGCCAAUGCCGAGCAUUGCGGACAACAUUCCGCUAUCCGAUUUCAUGUUUGAUGAGCGCUAUGGAAGACGCUCUUACGAUGAGUCUUUGGAUGCAUACACUUGUGGGCUGAGUGGCAGAAAACUUUCAGCACAUGAGCAAAAGGAAUGCGUCGAGCUCCUGUCGCGCGCUUUGGCCAAAGAACUUCAUUGGCGGGUAAUUGAGGCGUCAGCAUUUGACAAAACCAUUGGGGUCUUCGCCUUCAACACUACAUCGCAAUGUCGAGCCCUUUUCACAGGGCAGUAUCUUUUGCCUGUGGCGUUGAAAGCGGCUAAAGUAGCUGGAAUAGCGCAAGAUCGAAUCUAUCUGUGCGAGAUGAUUGAUGAUUCGGACUCAGAGAAGUUCGCUGGCUUCAGGACUGUGGGCCAACUGAUCCGAGAGGGUGAAAGCUUGCCUGAACUUGAGCGUGUGGCGUGGCAGCACGGGCAAGGGCCUACGCAAACAGCUUUUCUCUGCUACUCUAGCGGAACAUCGGGCCUACCAAAAGCGGUCAUGAUCUCCCACAAAAAUGUCAUCGCCAAUAUCAUUCAGCUGUCCCUAUUUCACCAGGUCGACCGCGACAAUAUUGCUCCUCGGCACCGUGAUAUUGGACUUGGCCUACUGCCGCAGUCCCAUAUCUACAGUCUGAUCAUAAUCUGCCAUGCAUCGACUUAUCGGGGUGAUUCAGUCAUUGUCCUGCCAAAAUUCGAAUUGGAGGCCUAUUUUGGGGCCAUAGCCAAAUACAGAAUCAACACACUCUAUUUGGUGCCUCCCAUCAUCAUUUCAAUGGUCAAUAACCUCCAAACCAUACGCGUCUGGGUCGGAGCGGCGCCUUUGGCACCUCAGAUAACAUGGCUCUUUUGUCCCAUUAUCCAACGUGGAAGGUAA